GAGAGAGAGAGAGAGAGAGAGAGAGUUUGAGUGCAAUAGCAUACCAAAUCUUUACGGCAAUGGAAUCCUCCACCGGCAAGGACUUCAAGAUCGGCGAGUGCCAAGGCCAGAAGGUGGUCGACGGCGAGGUGAUGCCCCUCGUCCUGCUCCCGCCAGAGCCCGCCAAAGCUGACACCGAGUCCCUUGUCGCAACUCUGAAGAAGAACACGGAAUGGUUCGACCAGAUGAUCAUCAAGAACAGCGCAGUUCUGCUCCGCGGCUUCGACGUGAAGAACGCCGAGGACUUCAACGAGAUCGUCGAGGCUUGCGGGUGGGAGGACAUCCGCUACAUCGGGCCCGCGGUGAGGACUCACAUCUACAAGCGGGUUUGGACAGCGAACGAGGGCCCGCUGUCGGAGUUCAUGUACUACCACCAUGAGAUGGUUCUGGAAAACCCCAAGAAGGUGAUAUUGUUUUGCGAAGUGCCGCCACCGGAGGGCGGGGAGACACCAUUUGUGCCAAGCUUCCGGGUGACGGAACGGAUGCUGGAGGAGUUCCCGGAGGAGGUGGAGGAAAUGGAGAAGAAGGGGCUGAUGGUUAAGGCCAUGGGAAUGGACGUGGAAUGGCUGCCCGACGGUGGACUGAAGACGAUCAUCUGCCCACGAACCCUCACGAGGGUGUUCGAGGGAAGAAAAGGGAGGAGGAUGUGGUACAACACGGUGGUGGGGAUGCACGGGAAGGAGAUCAGCUCGGCCACGAUGGCCGAUGGGACCGAGAUCCCGGACCACGUGGUGAAGCGAUGCGGCGAGAUCCUCGACGAGGAGAGCAUCCAAUUCAAGUGGGAGAAGGGCGAUGUCCUCUUCUUCGACAACAUGGCCUUGCUCCAUGGACGCAGGCCAUCGCUCCCGCCAAGGAAAGUGCUGGUGGCUACUUGCAAGUGA